CCCAGGUGGGGUCCGAGUGGACAAGGACGGAGGAUAGGGCCGCAUCGCCGACGCAUCGGCUCCGCCAGCAUGGAGAAAACUGGGCUCCACAUUGAGGUGCAUCGCGGGCGCAUCGGCGAUGCAGCGCGAUCUCUCGUUUACUAUCAAACGCAACCAUCCUAUGCAACGAAAACAAUCCACACGCGAACCCUGACCCUAGGACGAUUCCGUCGUAAAACCAUCUCUGGAAUCUAAAUCUGAAGACGAUGAACAACCCAAACGACACUCCAUGUCUUGGGAACGAAUUAACGGCCGUCAUGGGAAAAAUCGUCCCCAGACUAUGUUUUAACUAUUCUUAAAUAUUCCUACUGUGGAGGGACACGCCUGACUUCACCCCACUCUGGGCGUGACGAGCAACGUCCCCGAGUCCUGUGUUGCCAUGCGAGGCUCUCGGCGGGCUGGCCACGGCCCCGUGCUGAUGGCUCAGAGGGAACAGAACAUUGAUCUCCGCGUGCCGUUGGGAGACGUACAGCACGUGGGAAAAAGACAAAAUCAGAGGCGCCACCCUGCAUGGCAGGUCUCAGCAGGCAGGAGCGACAGACAAUUGCGGUCCGAAAGAUGCGCCCUCUGGCGAAUUGAGGUCUCGGAUGCUGCCAGCGCACGUGUCGGCAGGAGGGGUGAGAAGGGGGAGGAAGGGGCAAGGGGGAGGAAUGCUCACCGAGACCUGCCUGCCACGCACGGCUCAGUAGCUCACCUGCACCGAGCUGCCUGGCCCACACCCCGCGGGCACCUGGAAGCUGACGAGGCGUCCGUCCGGAGCUUGCACCUGGUACGUCUUCCCCUGGAACGCGUCGGCAGGCAAGACCACCGUCGUCGUCUGCGACGGCGCCGCCGGCUGCGCGUAGUACUGCGCGUACUGCGCGUACUGCGCCUGCUGCAGCUGCUGCUGCUGCAGCUGCUGCUGCAAGGCGGCCUGCUGCAGAGCCGCGGCGUACUGCUCCUGCGUCAUGUACUGCUGCAUUGCGACUGGCGGGGCGAGCAGAGAGUGCCUUCAAAGACGCAGACUGAGCAGCGAAUGAACGCUGCGGGCAAAAGUCGCCCGACGCAAAUCCACUUGAUCCAAACCGGCUGCGGAGCACUGGUCUGGGAAAGCCGAGGCCAGCACGCCGACAUGACGCUCGAGGGCCUCGGGCGUGGACCCUGGCCAGACGUCAGGGAGGGCAAGUCUGAGGAAGCUUUUGAUGGGAGCCGCGGCCCGAAGAGGAGGACAGCGGAUGACCAGGGCAAGUUCAGUCAGCAUCGAAUCGGCACAGCAGGGGCCAGUCCACAGUAAACCUUCCACAAGAGAGGUGCGAGGGCCCGCGCCGAUCGCCUAAACAACGAUUGAAAAACGACCACCAUGACGGAAACGGGGCCCGUCGC